CACGGCGGCUCUGUGCUCUCUGCCCGCCUCACAGCGCUCCUGUCCCGGCUGAGGAGAAGCAGAAGUAGCCGCUCCUGUUCCGUGAUUGGAGGAAGAUACGCAUCAACAAAGCAACAUGGCCGAAGUCAUAGAACUGCAAAAGCUCAAGCUUGCGGAGCUGAGGCAGGAGUGUGAAGCCCGGGGCCUGGAAACCAAAGGAAACAAAGGAGAACUCAUCGCACGACUGCAGGCCUAUCUGGAGGAACACGAUGACGACGUGGAUGUGGAUGAUGUCCUGGCUGAAGACACAGAGGACUUCAGUAAAGCAGACAGUGUCAGUCCUGUGAAAGUCUCUAAACCUCCAGAGAUGACAAAUACAAGUACAGAAGAAGCUGCUAAAAAAGUGGUGAAAAUUGAUCCUCCAUCAUCAGCAACUGAAAGACUCCAGAAAAGAGCCGAGCGUUUUAACAUGCCAGCGACUGCGGAGAGCAAGAAGGCCCAGCGUGCAGCUAGAUUUGGCCUCCCAGCAGAUGCAAAGAGCCCAUCAUUAGGUUCUGUCGCCACCGGAAAAACCGCAGUUAAUGUGGAUCAGCUGAAGAAGAGAGCAGAGCGAUUUGGUGUGAACGUGUCUUCCAUUUCACAAAAGAUCGAAGAAGAUGAGAAGCUAAAGAAGAGAAAAGAGAGGUUUGGCAUUCUGACCGGAGCAACUGGAGCAGCUCCUGAUGUCGAGGCCAAGAAGUUGAAGCGUGCUGAGCGAUUUGGAAUGGCAUAGACAUUUUCAAGCUUUUGUAAAAUGUUUCAUAUCACACAACCUUGCAAAACUACAUUUCAAUGCUCAGUUUCUAAUAAAACAUCUCCCAGUGUAAAUAGGCCAGUUAUUUAGGUCAUUGCUUUUUAAUUUUGUUUUAAUCGAAGAUAAUCAAUUUUUGUUUUCUUUUUAUUGGUAAUUACCGGUAUAUAAAAAAGAUUUGUUUCAUAGAUUUAGAAACAUUACGGUUGUUAUUGCAAAAAUAUAUAAACGCCUGCUGUAACCAUAGUAGUAAAGUGUUGUUUUUGUGCUUUUUAUAAAAUAUUUUAAAAUCUGUGGACUCUAGGCUGAAUAAACAAUGACGUAAUUCCCUGAUAGAUAAACGCUCCUACUUACAGUGUAUUUUCAUUUUACAGACACAGUUUUUGUUCUGUCAUUUUAUAUAACUUUGUGAUUUAAUAAAUUGUUUUAAAAAUA